AUGGCGCAGCCGACUGACACUAUUCUGUCUCGUCGGGCACAGGAUGCGUCUACAGCAGGGACCAAGAACCUCAUGUGGGACGUGCUGAACAAUCUAUGGUGUCCAUCGACUAACCCAGAUGGGUACGUCAAUGUUGGCGUGGCAGAGAAUGUCCUCAUGCACGACCAGUUCUUGAGUUUCAUCAACACGAAGCUUGACCUACCGGCCAAAUACCUCACAUACAACGAAGGAGGAUCAGGAUCUUUGAGACUGAAGCGAGCUUUAUCCCAGUUCCUCGACCGAUAUCUACAUCCUGCGAUCCCUUUAAAUCCUAGGCACCUCAUCGUCACGAACGGAGUCUCUUCCGCAAUCGAGCACGUCUCGUGGUCAUUCACAGAUCCCGGCGAAGGAAUUCUCUUAGGGAAGCCAUACUACGGCACUUUCAUACCAGAUAUGUCGUUGCGACCUGGUGCUACCGUCGUUUCUGUCAACUUUGGAGACUGCGAUCCAUUCAGCAUCGAGGCAGUUGACAGAUACGAGGAGGCUUUGUUGGCCUUUCAGCAGACAACAAACCGGAAAGUCAAAGCACUCAUGCUUUGCCACCCUCACAAUCCUCUUGGACGUUGCUAUCCAAGAGAUGUGAUUAUCAAAAUGAUGCACCUCUGUCAAAAGUACAACCUACAUCUCAUCAGUGAUGAAAUAUACGCGCUCUCUGUUUGGGAAAACACCGUGGAUGAUCAGCUUCAUCCCCCGGUCAAGUUUGAGUCGGCUUUGUCAAUUGAUCUGAAUGGUAUCAUUGACCCCCGGCUUGUUCAUGUACUAUGGGGCAUGAGCAAGGACUUCGGUGCAAAUGGACUUCGACUUGGCGUCAUCAUUUCGCAGUCUAACAGUGACCUUCAUCAGGCCUUGAAAGGAAUCUCUUUAUACUCUUACGCAUCUGGAGUUUCUGACCACCUGACUGCUCUUCUGCUGGAAGACUUCGAUUUUACCGACAAAUAUAUACGACAAAAUCGGGACAAGUUGUCCGAGUCGUAUACUUGUGCAGUUCAGUAUAUCAGGAGCCAUAAUAUUGAAUAUGCACAAGGCUGCAACGCGGCAUUCUUCCUUUGGGUUAACUUGGGGAAGAGGUACUGCCAGCUCCACCCCGGAGAAAAUAUCGAACACGUUAGCGACAAGGUCAUGCAAGUCCUGUUGAGAAAGAAAGUGUUUCUGGCCAGCGGCGAGCUGUUCGGGUCGGAGCAUCCUGGAUGGUUCAGAAUUGUGUUCUCCCAGCCUCGGGAGUAUUUGAAUGAGGCUCUGCGGAGAAUCACAGAUGCGCUUGCACUCAAGGAUUAG